CUGCACGCGCAUCUACGGGGAGAAGCCGGGGGCGCGCUUAAUGAGGAGGGAGUAGGAGGCGGAGAAGAAGGAGUGAAGCGGAAGAAGUGAAGCAGAAAGGAAGAGAAGAGGAAAAAGAAGUGAAGAGAAGGAGAGAGUGAGAACAAGAGACUGAAACGGUUCGUCCUGAAUCAUCUUGAGCAGAAGGGAUCGACCAAUCACCUGCCUGAUCUGUGAUCGAUCUGUACGUUGGACGAUAUGAUCGCUGCCUGACCAGACCUCAGGACGCCAUCACUCCUGCUGGAACAAAGAUAUCGGCUAUUGAUCUCUGAUUAUUGGUUACUACCGCAUGAUAAAGGAGUCUUUGUGGAACUCAUAUCUCCUGAAAACCUCCAGGGUCAACAGUGAUUAUAGUUGAUCAGCUGACCUGUGAGCGAGACUUUCAUUGGCUGACGAACAGCAAAACUCUUUCUUAUUGAUCAAGUGAUCGUUUCCUAAGAGAAAAACAAACCUUGUUAGCAAAUCAAUGGCAUCAGAACUGAUCCAGGACAGCGACGAUGAUCGCCCUCAUGUGGAAGUUAAUGUAGAGACAACAAAUCCCCCUACUCCUCCUCCUCCUCCUGCAAAGGUCUCAAACGGCAACCUGACCCCCCAUGCCCCCUCACCGACGCCCCCUACUGACGAGCAGAGCCGCAAAAGCAAACAGGGCUGCAGCAACCUGAGCAGCCGAUUCCAGCAGAGCCAGCUGAUCCACACUCUGAGCAACGGACUAAAGCGACAUUGCGACUACGUCAAGAUCUCGGUGAUAGAGGAGCCGGCCGACCGCCUUCCGAAGGAGUGGUGGAAGACGGCCGUGGCGUUCCUCUACGCCCUGUUCAACCUCUUCUUCACCACCGUGGUCAUCACCAUCGUCCACGAGAGGGUGCCGGACAAGUCUGUGAGCCCGCCGCUGCCCGACAAGUUCUUCGACUACGUGGACCGAGUGCCCUGGGCGUUCACCGUCACAGAGGUCAACGGGUUGAUCCUCGUCGGACUAUGGAUGGUGCAGUGGCUCUUCCUCGAACACAAAGCUAUCAUUGGUCGUCGUUGUUUCUUCCUCAUCGGGACUCUCUACAUGUAUCGCUGUGUCACCAUGUACAUCACCACCCUGCCCGUACCUGGAAAACACAUGGUGUGCGCUCCAAAGCUUUACAACGACUCAACAGGGAAAAUCUGGAGGAUCUUGAGGCUGAUCUCAGGAGGAGGUCUCUCGAUGACGGGCUCUCACCUGAUGUGUGGAGACUUCCUGUACAGCGGCCACACCGUCAUGUUGACUCUGUCCUACCUCUUCAUCAAAGAGUACUCCCAUCGGUGGAUGUGGUGGUAUCACGGCAUCUGCUGGCUGCUCAGCGCCAGCGGAGUGAUCUGCAUCUUGAUUGGUCACGAGCAUUACAGCAUCGACGUGGUGAUUGCAUACUUCGCCACCACCAGGGUCUUCUGGUGGUACCACACCAUGGCUAACACACAUGCGCUGCGUGGGGUUCCAAACAACUACCUGUCACGGACGUGGUGGAACCCGAUAUUCAACUUUCUGGAGAGGAACGUCAAGACGACAGUUCCCAUCGUGUUCUCGUGCCCGGUGGCGCUGCCGUCGUUCUGCCGACAGAGUUACAGCAUAGUGGAGGGGGGGAGGGGGGAGUGACCUGAUGGAGACAGUUUGAAUCCUUCGUGACUUCUGAUGGAGACAGUUUGAAUCCUUCGUGACUUCAGAUGGAGACAGUUUGAAUCCUUCGUGAUUUCUGAUGGAGACAGUUUGAAUCCUUCGUGACUCCUGAUGGAGACAGUUUGAAUCCUUCGUGACUCCUGGACGAAGAGCUUUGAAAUCAGUUUAUUUAUUAGAAACUUCUCUCUUGCUGACUGAGGAGGAGGAGGUGCCAACAGGAGGAAGAGGAGGAGUCACAGAAAAGGUGCCGUUACGUUUACAUUAUCAAAAUGAGCAUAGCCUGAAUCGUCAGAUCUCUUCUUCCUUCCAUUUAUAAAGAAUCAAUAAAUAUUUGUCUGAUAUUCUGGACCAAAACCAAACUGCUAGCUGUUUUACUUUCCCAUAGCUAACUACAAUGUAGUCAGAUGUCAAAUUGAGUUGCUUAGCCACACACUAGCUAAUAAUGCUAAACAAUUCUUUUUGCACCAACUAAGCUAACCAGAGUUUCAGGACCAAAGCUAAGUUGCUAACUAGUGGUUGAGUAGUUCGAAGUCGGGUCUUCGUUAGUUUGACAGUGAAUGCACAUAUAACUGAAUCAAUUUCAGUUUGCUACACGUUAGCUCUUUAACCUAAACAACGUAGCAUCUUCAGCGUCUGUCCACGAAGAAGAAUGAGACAAAAGGUUUUUGUUACAGUAUUUAUGACCUAUCGUUUGGGUCAGGUGUUAAGUUGGUGUUUAUGACAAAAUAAAGCUAAUCUUUGAUUCCUGACCAAUGCUAAACUGCUAGCUUGUUAUCUCAAUUUGGCUUUCCAUCAUUAUCUAAGAUUGUGUCAUGGAAAUUGAAGGAGUUAGCCACAUGCUAGGUCUUUACACAGUUUUGAAAUAACUUUAAAAAUAAGAAAUACACAUGUAGCUUCUCUUAACAUACGCUAAGACACAAGUAACAAAUGUUAAGUAACUGACGAGUGAUUGGUUGGUAAGCUAGUCAGAGAUUCAGGGCUAAAAGCUACAUUGCUAGCUUUUUAACCUUCCCUAAGCUAACAUUCUUUUUUGGCCCCUGUCAGAGUGAACACUCAUAUAACUGAAUUAAUGUUAGUUUGCCACAAUGCUAAAUUUGUGAGGACUAAUGAUGCAACGUGCCACAUUGAAAACUGAUUAUUUUUUCUGUUUUGGUUCACAAGCUAGCCAGAGAUUCUGCUAACAAAGCUAGCGACUUUACAUUCCCAGUGCCACUCAUUAGAGUGAAAAUUCAUGAGCGUAAGUUGACGCUUGUUGCUUUUCUGUACUUGAUUAUCUUUUUUUAAGUUAUAUUUUGUGUAAAGUAUUUUUAAUGUAAUUUUGUACUAUAAAAUACCAUCUGUAAAAUGUUACAUUCUUCUAAAAUUGCUUAAUUUAAGUUGGAUUUCUGAAUGUUGUUGUUGUUAAUUUUAUAAAAAACGAUGUUUGAAACAGAAAAAUGCGUAUCUGUCAAACUGCACCGUGUCACAAUCCAGAUGUUUCAUAAUAAAACAUAUUUUCAAUCAA